GCGCGGGCUCGCGCUGCCUCAGUCCCCUGUGCUCCGGCCUCCUCCUCGAGUUCCGGCGCCGCUCUGCUGACUUGGAAGUGUGGGGCAGCCCGGGUAGUAGACGCAGUUAGCCUAGGUUUCACCACAUUGCCGUCAUCACCUGCUAGGUUUGCUGGGACCCCGGCCUUGCUGUCGUCUCGCCACCAGUGCCGAGGAUCAAACCCAAGUCUUGGGCACGUUAGGCAAGCACUCCUGAUUAUUGUUUUUAUAACUUAACAGGUAGAAAUAUGGAGCCUGAAACUGAAGGGCCGCCACCAACAACCCAAGUGACACCUCUUCAGCAAAUGAUUGCCUCUUGUACUGGAGCUGUAUUGACAUCACUAAUGGUGACACCUCUGGAUGUUGUUAAAAUUCGACUCCAAGCCCAGAACAACCCAUUCCCCAAAGGAAAGUGUUUUUUAUACAGUAAUGGACUCAUGGAUCACAUGUGUAUCUGUGAAGAGAGCAAGAAAGCGUGGUAUAAGAAGCCAGGAAACUUCCAUGGAACGUUGGAUGCUUUUUUAAAAAUCCUUCGAAAUGAGGGUAUAAAAUCCCUGUGGAGCGGCCUCCCUCCUACUUUAGUGAUGGCAAUUCCUGCUACAGUUAUUUAUUUUACCUGCUAUGAACAAUUAAGUGGUUUUCUGAAAGCCAAAUUAGGAGAAAAUGAAACCCGAAUACCAGUAGUUGCUGGGAUUGUUGCUAGAUUUGGUGCAGUGACAGUCAUAAGUCCAUUAGAAUUGAUCAGAACCAAGAUGCAGUCUAAGAGGUUUUCUUACAAGGAACUAUAUCGAUUUGUGAGCAUGAAAGUGUCUGAAGAUGGUUGGAUUUCCCUUUGGAAGGGCUGGGCUCCUACUAUUCUUAGAGAUGUGCCUUUCUCAGCAAUGUACUGGUAUAAUUAUGAAAAUUUAAAGAGGUGGCUUUGUGAGAAAUCCGGUUCAUACGAACCAACAUUUAUGAUCAACUUUACUUCAGGAGCAUUGUCUGGUUCUUUUGCAGCUGUUGCAACUUUACCGUUUGAUGUAGUAAAAACACAGAAACAGACACAACUGUGGACCCAUGAAUAUUGUAAAUUUCCUGCACCUUUGGAUAUGUCAACCUGGACUAUUAUGAAGAACAUUGUUGCUGACAAAGGAUUUUCUGGGUUGUUUACAGGUCUAAUUCCUCGGUUAGUUAAAAUUGUUCCUGCCUGUGCCAUUAUGAUCAGCUCAUAUGAACUGGGAAAGUCGUUCUUCCAGAAGUACAAUACUAAAAGGCAGUAAUUCUCAUGAUGGAUUUAUGACUUGAAACAACAACUAGAGCCAAAGAAGAUGAAAAUUUGUAGGCAAGACUUUUUUUCAACAUUAUGAUCUUACAAUGUGACUUUAUCUGUCCUCCCUAUAACUUAAGUGAAUAAUAAUUUCUAAUCUACCUCUAAAUCAUAAUCCUAGUUUCUAUUUUUUUAAAUAUUAAAGACAUAAUCCAGAAGCCGGACAGUGGUGGCACACGCCUUUAAUCCCAGCACUUGGGAGGCAGAGGCAGGUGGAUUUCUGAGUUCAAGGCCAGCCUGGUCUACAGAGUGAGUUCCAGGACAGUCAGGGCUACACAGAGAAACCCUGUCUCGAAAAAGAAAAAAAAAACAUAAUCCAGAAGCUGCAGCCACUUAGUACUCUUGCAAAGAAAGUUGCUCCUAGGCAGGACAAGUUUUCUGAAUGCAUAUGUCAUCACACACUUCCUUGUAAAUUAAUGCUGGAGUGUGGGAUGCAACAGAACUUUUUGGAUUGUGUACUAAGCAUGCAAUGUAGAGAGCUAAGUGCAGUCUCACAAAAACUCAAAUCACAAGUAUCAGCAUUUCAGUAGAGAGUGGAAGAGCUGUCAUGUGGAAUUGCUCACAUUCCCCAGAUGGUGCCUGUUAACUUUAAUUCACGGCAUUGUAUUCCCUCACUCCUUUAAGGCAUUGUGUAGUGGCGUUGUGUAGCGUAGAAUUUCCCUAAUGAAAAGUGUAGCCACUUUAUCUGUGUAAACCAAAGUAUAAUCAUUUACAUGAUGUAAAUGUUGACAUUUACAUUGACUGUUGACAUUCUUAGUGACUAAACGCUCAUCUAAUAUUUCUGUUGGGGUAUAUUUUCACUGGUGAUAGUAACUGUAUAUUUACUAAAUUUGGAUCUGCAGCAGAAAACCUUGCUGUCCUUAGACUAGUGAAAAUGACUAGACUGGGACACAGGAAUGGGCUGCUUGUAACUAGCUUGCCUUCCAAGUGUCAUUGUAGAGCUCUUUAAGUCAGUUCUACAACUUUUCUACUACAGUCAGUAUUCCCUAAUCUAAAAGACCAAAAUAUAAAAUGCUGCAAACAUUUCAACUCUUCUAAAUGAUGCUGCCACAAUCCCACACCUUCCCUCAGGUGACAGCAUACAGGACACAGGCACACAGAAACAUAGAUGACCUUUAGGCUAUUUGUAUAAAUUGUACAUGAAACACAUGAAUAUAUUUAUCACUUUAAGUAGGAAUGAGGUUUUUAAAAUUACAUUUAUUUAUUUGUUGUAUAUGUCUAUGUAUAUAUGAAGGUCAGAGGCAGCUGUGAGGAGUUAAUUCUCCCAUUCCACCAUGUGUGCGUUGUGAUUUGAACUCAGGUGGUCAGGCUUAGCAGCAAGUGCCCUUCCCCACUGUGCUCAGGAAUGAGAUUUUAAGUAUGAUGGGAAUACAGGGGUGGAACACUGUGGCUUUGGAAUGUCUAACUCAGAGUCUGAUCUCUGGCACAGAUGACAAAUAAUUUAAUAAGUAAGUAAGAUGGCAGUGCAAGAAAUGCUAUUCUGUUUUACUUAUCUCUAUAAAGCAAAAAGCACUUUAUCACGUUCUAUGUGUAUUCUAUGAAAUAUGAAGUAUCCCCUCCCUGCCACAACAGCAUAAUGUAUGUUGGUGACAGUGACCUCUAGGGUAGGCGAACAAAUGCAUCUUGUAUCAUAGUGGAAAGUGUUUGUAUGUUUCAUCAGAAAUAAAUGAUACACAGUUUAUUGUACCAUGUUGUUUUACAUUAUAAUCCUGUGUUGAUUUACAUUAAAAUUUUAAUGUAUCCAUA